AUGGCUCUGCCCCGCGGAAUCCUCUUGCUGCUGGUGGUCGUCGCGGCUGUAAGCUGCCAAAACGUUCCAUGUGUGUGUAAGAAGAACAAACGGACAUUUGACUGCGUUUCCGAUGGUAGCUUGUGUACGUGCAAAGUUUUUGGAUCCAAUGUUACAGUGAACUGUGAAACAUUGACAUCAAAAUGCUUGCUGAUGAAAGCAGAAGUGUUUGGCACAAGAUCUGGUAGACGGGACAAGCCAGCAAAUGCACAUUUAGAUAAUGAUGGCAUUUAUGACCCAGAGUGUGACGAUAAAGGUAACUUCAAAGCUAAGCAGUGCAAUGGGACUAGCACUUGCUGGUGUGUCAACAGCGCUGGAGUACGAAGAACUGAAAAGGGUGAUAAAAAUAUCACUUGCAAUGAAGUGGUACGGACAAGCUGGAUCAUUAUUGAAACAAAACAUUCUGAGACUGCUGCUUCAAUCAAAGACUCUGUUGAGGGGGCUGUCAAGAUGGCACUCUCUCAACGUUACCACCUGAAUCCAAAGCACAUACAUGUUAUGUAUGAAAAACCUUCAAUUCUUAUUGAUCUGAAACAAAAUGCUUCAGAGAAAUCUUCUGAGGAUGUAGACAUAGCUGAUGUGGCCUACUACUUAGAAAAAGAUGUCAAAGAGGACUCUCUGAUUUUGGAUAGCAGCUUGAAUAUUAUGAUUCAAGGAGAACCUCUUCAGCUUCGAGAUACUUUAAUCUACUAUGUUGAUGAGAAAGCACCAGAGUUCUCAAUGAAACGUUUGACUGCUGGUGUUAUUGCUGUGAUUGUGGUUGUAAUACUGGCAAUAGUUGCUGGUAUUCUUGUAUUGGUUUUUACUAGAAGCAAAAGGGGUAAAUAUGAAAAAGCUGAGGUAAAGGAAAUGAAUGAAAUCCAUAGAGAAUUAAACUCGUAACUGCUGUAAUAUGAAACAUGAGGAAGAAAAUGGGAAAAGCAUAAAAUGGAAGAUUAUCCAUAUGGACUCAUUUUUAUACAUCCCUAUAGUUUAGUAAGAUUACUUCAAAUAUUGAGACAAGCCUAAUAUGUGUUGCAUUUGGGGAACUGUAAAAAUCUUUUAAUUUGAGAACUAGCUGGGCCACAUGAGUAUCAUUCUAUCACAGUUACUAAUGGAACACUAGCAAUGCCUUUUUGUUGAAUGUGUGCUAUAUGAGACCAUGUUAUGUAAGUUUUAGAGGUGCCUAAAGUUGCUAGAUAUCUAGGCUUUCAGACAUUUCUCUUGCAUACAGUAGAAUGUGGUGUGUAUUUUUGUAAAUAUUUUUCUUCAAAUUUGCUGGAUUUUUUUACAUA